AUGCAAGCCCUGGACGAGAAAUCGACCGACCUCGAAGGCGACGUUUCUAAGGUUCUCUUGCGAGACUAUUAUUUUCCUUCGUUUUGAAAAUUUGUAUCGUAAAUUGAUAAGCAUUGGCCAAAUUCACGUUUCUCUGUCAAAAUUUCUGAAGGGAGUUUGUGAUUCCGAAGCUUAGUUUUUUUUUUCUCAGCGUAUCAAAAUGGUUCAAGCCAGCCGAGACUGUAUGAUAAGUCUUUAGCGAAAUGAUUAAUUUUUUUCAAAAUGAAAAUUUGUGAGAAACAUUUCUGCCAAGUUCCCUCGAAAUAAUCUUGAUUGAAUGCCACCCUGGAAAAAAAUUUGUGCAUUUCUGUCUUUAUUUCAUUAUUUUUUUAAAAACAUUCUAAUUUUUUUGAAUUUUUACCUAAAGUUCAUCACUAGAAAGUAGCAAUUUUGUUUUCCUAUAGUUUUUUGAAAUCUAGUUGGGUUGUAACUAUAAGUUACUCGAUUUUCCCCCAAAGUAUCAAAACUUCAAUAAGGAAAAAUAUGAAGACAAUAAAUUGUGAUCAAAGAGUUUCAGGCGCGAGAACGAAUUGCUGAGAUCACGAAAGAGAUCGAAAAUAUGCGCGGAGAUCGCGACGAGAAAGUUUCAAACGUCCAGAAUCUUCAGAAAGAGAACCAGAAGGUUUCUUCGAUCGUAGUGUUUUUUUUUUUAGUUGAACUCAUUAUCCGUUAUAUACAUUCAUAGAAUUGAAAAUUUCUUAUCUUGAUUGGAAAUUUUUUUUUUUCAGCUUGCCAUCGAGUCACAGGAAAUGUCCCAUCAACUUCUCCAUUUCCAAAGCGCUCACAAAGUUUUUUCUGUUCAAUUUUCAAGACUAAACUUGAUUUUUUCUAGGAAACCAGCUCAAGAAAAACGGCCCUGGAGGAGUUGCGACAGCGGAAAGCCGCCAUUAUGAAACGAGUGGAGGAAGUGACAAAGUCUCUGGAAGAAGAGAAAUCCAGAAAGGCCAAGAUGCGGGAGGACUUGAAUCAAGUUUGCAUUUUUCUACAAAAACUCUGGGAAAAAGAAGAUUUUCCAGAAGGAGGCAGCCUAUCGCGAAACUGUCCACUCUAGGCUUUUAACUUUCCGUGAGGAGUAUCGAAAAGCUUUGGAAUUGCUAUCACAUGCACAGAAGCAGGUUCGAUGUCUACUAUUUUAAUUAUAUAAGUUAUAUGCGUUUUUUUGAGUUCUGUAUCACUUGGGUUUGAAAUUGUAGAUGAAUAGUCGUGAAACGUCGAAGUCACGAUUUGCGCAGAAAUUUUGCUGAUGGAUAAGAUCUGAGCUUUUUUUUUCUCUGUGCAGUUCUUCGUUUUCAGGAUUUUCGAUCAAGUUCUUGGUCUAUUCGAAAGAGAAAGAGCCUUGCUGAAGCAAAAAAAUGUUCAGAAACGAACUGGAACUGUAGUUUUUUUUUAGUUUUUCACCUCAAAAAAGAUUCUGCGCUCAAAAAACGCCACUGAUGUCUGUAGAAAAAGUUAUCACCGUUGUUAGUUGACAAGAAAAAUAUCGUUGUUCUGAUUUGUUUUUUGAUAGAUAUGUCUCUUCCAGGUUUUGGCGACACUCAGUUAUUUCGUUUCUCGAAAUUUUGUCAUCAAAUUAUAAUUUUUUGACGAUUUAGGGAAGUCGAUUUUUUUUUCCUGACAGUCAAAACUUUCUCAAUAGUUCUCCACGGCAAUUUUAAAAGCCAGAUUCAAAAUCAGCGCCAAAAUUUCAUCUAUUGAUCAUACUGUCAUUCAUAGUUCCAUCCAUAUUUAAAGGAGUAAUAGCCGCGAAACUCGAAGUUAUCUCUGAAUCUCCAAAAUUCAACUAUCUUUUUCAAUUUCUGAUGUGUUUUCUGAAUUUCGCGAUAUAACUUUGAAAAAAAAAUCUCUAAGAAAUGGUACGCAAACCAUUUUUCAUCACAGAGCUCAGCAAAUAUCACUUUUUAGGCGCAAACCAAACUGGCUGAGCUUGACGCUGAGCAGCGACAAAAGAGGGAGGAAGAGGCUCGAAAUAUUGCUCUCCAAGCGGCAGCAUCUGCUCCAGCUCCAGCUCCAGUUCCUCCGGUGGCCUCAUUCCAGCAAAGUCAUCUUUAUGAUGAACCUCCACAAGUGGCACCUGUCGCCACCUCCAACCCAGUCAUUCCAACUUCCGAAUCUCGCAUAUCAAGUUGAAUACAUUUAAGAAAAUUAUAGGAAUUCUCUGAUUUUCAGGCACCAGCUUGACGGAGAUCAACACUCACGAGACUUCAAAAUGUCGAGCGAUCUUCCCCUUCGAGGCGAGAAGCGAGGACGAGCUGAGCUUCGAGCCCGGCGACGUCAUCAUCGUCUUCCAAGGACACGCCGCCGAGCCCGGCUGGGGUGCUGGACAGCUUCGCGAUAAGGUUUAAUUGGAGAAAAUUCCUGUUUCGAAAAGCUAAUUUAAAAAAGAAGUGUCUUUUCUGCAGUGGUAUAGUUCUUUUAUUGAUUAGAUCUAUUUGGUUAGAAACGAUUAUAAAAAAACGGUUAACUUAUUUUUUAAAAUUUAAGUACACCUGAAUGUUCUCAGUUCCAAUUCCCGAUUUUAUCAUAGAGUCUUGAAUUUCAGGUCGGUUGGUUCCCGGAAGCCUUCGUGGAACCGAUCGCGGCAAUCCCUUCACAUGGCAAUGAGGUAUCGAAAAAUAAAAAGUUCGAAUUAAAUCAUUUUCCUUUAGCCUCCCAUUCAAAACAUGCCUCCGAACGUGACGCCUUCUUGCUCUCUUGACCGAAUCCCAGAAGAAGGCGUCAUGCGCAAGCAGGACAGCGUCCUGUCCAACAUCUCUAAUAAUGGUUCGUACGGAAAAAAGUAUUUAUCAUGUUCUAGUUUGUGUGAAGCUUACGGGACUGGAUAUUAGUUUUGAAGUUUUAUGUAUUCACAUAUGGCCUUUUGAAAUCUCUUCAGAGCCAAAAACUAAUUUUUCACGAACACAAAAGUUUGUAAGCUGCUAGUGCUCGUUAAAAUUAAAAUAUUAUGAUUUUUAAAUUCAUACAAAUCCCACUGUUCAUGAACCUCUGUACAAUAGCAAUUUUUUUAGAUGCGUCGAAGAAAGUCAUUUGCCGCUGCAUUGCUCAGUUCCAAUGGCGCGCAAGGAACGAAGAUGAUCUUUCCUUUUCCAAGGGCGAUACUAUCGAUGUUAGUCGACAUUUAUACUCUUGGAGUUUCCAUAGUCCACUUUCCGUCGGCUUGAAGCAGAAUUAUAUGAGACUCCUUACACGGGAAAGAAUAUAGUCAAGGAAGUUUCAAAGACUCAAAAUUGCUUUUCAGAAGUCAGAAUAAGUUUUAUUCCAACCAAGUAAGCAGAAUCUUCUACAAGAGUCCUUCAUAAAGGGUUAUGAAAUUCAAAAUGAUGCGCGAUCUUGGGCCAUUUCUGAUGAAAGCUUGUCAAUACAUUUACCAUUUCCUUGGAUGCAGCAAACGAAAAAAAAGCUUCAGAACAAAUUAUUUGCGCGUCUCUGUAUCAUUUUUGUCUCAGGCCAGCGGUGAAUAGAUUUUCAACAAUUUUACAAUGUCGAAACUAAUAAUCUAUCUGAUAGGUCUUCGAACAACAAGAUAUGAAGUGGAAUGGCCGGAAAUCGAACGGAGAAAGCGGUUGGUUCCCCAAAAGCUACGUCAAAGUCAUCUCACAGGUCGUUUUUUGAACGAUUCCCGAUUUGACAAAAAAGAUGUUCAGAACGGCAGCGUCGAUCUCGACGGAAGUGCUCACAACAGUAUUGAUCAAAUCAGCGCAGAUUUGAAUAGCGCUCACAUUAGUAAUGCUGCUGCGCCAGGUUUAUCUUUGACAUUAAACAACAGUGGAAAAUCGAAACAUGGAAAAAAAAAACCAUGAUUUCUUGAAAAAUGUGAAAAAAAGAACAAAUAUUCAACAGCAAGUAUGAAUUAACAUAUAAUUUUGUUUAUUUGAGAUUAUAAUCCGUUUCCGUGACUAUUUGGAGGUAAUAGAAAAAUUUCAAAAAGGAAAAAACAAAAAUUUCUCAGGGUUGUUUCGGGUAGUUCAAUUAUCAACUCACAAGUGAAACAGUUUCAAAAAGCGUUAAGAAAAGCCCUUAACAUAACGUUUUUAGAACUUGAUCUCAACGAAAUUGAUUAAAAAAUCAGUUCGGCCCUCGAAAAAUGUAUUCCAUUUCAGGGCGCACCAUAAAGAAACUUUUUAUGAAACAAAAUCAAUUUUAACAUAUUUAUUUCCUUCAGCCCCAACGCAAAGCGGUGAGUGGUACGUCGCCGUGUUCGACUUCGAACCUGUCGAGUCCACGGACCUCGGUCUGAAACAUGGCGACAAAAUUUUGGUCACUGAAAAGUUUCAGCCUCAACUUUUCAAUUUUAAACAUUUUUUUUGAAGGAAUGAUGCCUGGUGGAAGGGUGUCUGCAAUGGAAAAGAAGGCAUUUUCCCUGCCAACUACGUCGAACCUGCCGUUGGAAGUUUGUUUUUUUGGUUGUAGGAUGUAAAAACCGGUAACUUUCCGAUGAAGACUUUUUCAAUUUUUGAUAUCGGUGGGGAACUUUUUGAUUUUUUCCUUUCAUUUUUCUAGUUUUUUCAUCAUUUCAUCAGAUUUCCUGUUUUUUGCGUUUUUCUCAUGAUCCUACUAUUUGAUCAGUAUCAGGACAUUCAAAAUUUGGGCGUUAUCAAAAAAAAAUUAGGAAAUUUCUCUAGCAAUGUGAAAAAUUCGGAAAAGACGCCAUUGGAAAACUCACUGGUCUAAAUUUUUUACCAGGUUGUCCAAUAAUUCUUGUCCAAAAAUGUAUAUAUUUAGCGUGGAACUCUGGAGAAACUUCUAGAAGGUUCUUUCAUCUGCAUAAUAUUAUAACACUUCUAAUGAAGAUUAUAGAAAAGAAAAAGGAACUAUUGGACAGCCUGGUAUUACCAGUUUUUUCCAAGUAAUGAAUCAGCUUCUUUCGAUUGAAAAAUUUCAACUUUUCUUGCAGGCCCAGUAGCAGCAUCAAACGGACAUCAGAUCGUGCCGAAUGGUUCUACAUGUCAGGCAAGGGCAAUUGUCGAUUUCCAAGGAACGGCUCCCAAUCAACUCACCAUCAAAUGUGGCGAUGUCAUCGAAGUAAUUUUGCCCCAUCGUUCUGUAAUUGUUUUUUGAAAAUUCUAGCUUUUUAGCCAAAAAUCACAAAAAUAAUACUGAAUCAAUCAAACCAAAACAUGAAUUUUUGCACAGUCGAAGAGAAUCGCUCAACUUAUCAAUAAAUUGUGUCGUCAGGUCCGCGAAAAGAGCGCUUCUGGCUGGUGGGAAGGCGAAAUCAAGCAGAACGGAACACCGAAACGCGCUGGAUGGUUCCCCGGCGAAUAUGUCAAGGUUAUCGAGGUGAUUGAUAAAAAUAUAACUUUUCGUUGGAAGAUUAUAAAGUUUUCAACUUUAUUUUGCAGGGUAAUCAGCCAACAACGAUGGCCGAAAACCACGCCGUCGCCUUGUUCGAUUACGAGGCCAGUCAACCGGAUGAACUCUCUUUCAAAGUCGGCGAUAUCAUUGUGGUGGGUUUUCUUUUCAUUUGAUAAUUUAUAACCUGAGAGAAAAUUAUAUCGAUUGAUUAAUUUUGAUAACGGUUUGGAAACAUGAAAAAUAAAAGACGUGCUCAGAGUGAAUUAGCAAAAUUCAAACACAUCUCUGACCGUAAUUUUGAAUUUCUCGAAGCUUCUUUACACGGGAUAGGAGUUGAAUUUUUGAAAAACAAAGGAAUAAUUGGAAGAAUCAUAUUUUGAGGUCCAAAUUAUGCAUUCAGAAUGAAAUUUUCACUUUUUGUCACAUCUUUUUUUGUGAUUUGAUAAACCAAAAAUAAUAUUUCCUUUCUAGCAAUUCAUUUUCUUUUUUUCAAAAAGAAUUUCAAAAAUCUUAUCAAAACUUCCAAGAGGCUGAAAUAAGGAGUUCGUUUUGGUCAGAAAAAAAAAUUGAUGAAAUAAAAUUAUAGUGAAAUGAAAAUAAAGUGAUUGAUCAAAAUACGAAUAUUUUAAAGGAAAAUUAACAUUAUUAGGGCUCAGUUUAAAAAGAUGGAAGAGAAACUGUUGAAUUCAUGCUCUUUAUUAUUUGUAAAUCAAUAAAAUUUUCCAUCUUCAUUGAGAAAGCUUCAUUCCUUGAUGCCCUUCAGUGAAAAAAAAAACUGAAAAGUUUUAGGAUUCUAGAUUAUUCGGCAUUUUACUAGUUGAAAAAAAAUUAAUCGAUGAAAAUCACAAUUUUUGUAGGUAGCAGAAAAAUCUGACGUCGAGUGGUGGUCGGGGAACAAAAUCCAAGACGUCGGGGCGACGCCGCAACUUUUCCCCGCUAAUUAUGUCAAGUUGCAAUGA